AUGUCUUCACGGAGAAGGCAUGACUCAGACAAUGACCCACCUGCUGAAUACACCACAAAACGGCGUAAGCAUGCUGACAAAGUUGGCAAGGGAUUGAGACAUUUUUCAAUGAAAGUUUGUGAAAAAGUGAGAAACAAGGGUUUUACAUCAUAUAAUGAAGUGGCAGAUGAGUUAGUUCUGGAGUUUGCAACUGGAAUACAUGGAUCCUCUGACAGCCAACAAUAUGACCAAAAGAACAUCCGGCGGAGAGUGUAUGAUGCUUUAAAUGUGCUAAUGGCAAUGAAUAUAAUUUCCAAAGACAAAAAAGAAAUCAGGUGGCUGGGACUCCCUACAAAUUCAUUGCAAGAAUGUACAGCUCUUGAAAAGGAGAAGCAAGUUAAAAUAGAACAGAUUGAAAAGAAAACACAGCAAUUACAAGAACGCAUAUUGCAGCAUAUAUCAUUUAAAAGCUUGAUAGACAGAAAUAAGGAAGCAGAAAGUAGAGGCAUGAAACCUUCUCCCUCAUCGGCUAUACGCUUACCGUUUAUCGUUGUAAAUACAAGCGACAAGGCUCUUAUCAACUGCAGCAUUUCAAAUGACAAGACAGAAUAUGUGUUUAAUUUUAACAAGCGAUUCCAAAUUCAUGAUGACAUAGACAUUUUAAAAAGAAUGGGUUUAUUGUUUGGUUUAGAUAAAGGAGAAUGUUCAGAGGAAGACAUAGAAAAGGCCAAAAGUAUGGUACCAAAAUCUUUGGAAUGUUAUGUUGAACAAAUGGCUCGGGGCCUCAGCAAUAAUUUAAGUGAUAUAAUCAAUGAUGACUAUUUAGAAGAAGGUGUUGAAGAUGAGACUUUAGGAGAAGCAGAAGUGGAAGACGAACAGGAUGCUGAAAUAAAUGAAUAUAGCGAAGACAGUAGUGAUGUUGAUGUAUAA